UGCGUGCAUGCAUACAUAUAUACACACAUAGAUACAAUAUUAAGCGUAGGUAUACAUUCGCCGGAAAAGAUAGGUGAGCAUAUAGUAAAGGAACACUUUCACUGCCAAAGUGUAAGCGUUUGGUCUUAGAGGAGGACAAGAGGAAAUCCAUAGGAAGGGGUGGAGAGAUGGUAGAAGGAGUAGGAACUACGGUAUAGUGCCGUAUCGUUCUCUUGACUGUCAUUACAGGUAUCUUCGUGGUCACUUAUAGCGAUCAUCUCCAACCGGCUUAAACCUUGCUCAAAAUAUUUUUGUGAGUCAGUCUCGUUGAAGUUUUUCAAGAAAGAAGAGAAUUUUACCACUGAAGAUCUGGAUUUAUUAGGCUUAUCUCUUAACCUAUUAAUUUAUCAUCGAAUAAGAUAAUUGACAGAUGAGUUUAUUAUACCGUGAGUUCGACAAUCGAAGAGAAAAAUAAUAAUAAUGACACGUUGUCAUGACAAUUCCAACAAAUGUAUUCUAGCGAUAGAGGAACGUUAACGAAUGCUUUAACGAAAGAUCGAGAAUUUCCAUGGAAGUACGGCUAGCGAUAGCCAGCUCAGAAUGAAAAGAGCCGAUGUCGACCACCCAUUUCUAGUGCGCAGAGUUGAAAACACUUAUUGUAGCCGACCGCCGGAUAUCGAUUUAUGACGAAGUCUGUAUAAAAGUCAUUUCGAAAGAAGCAAAAAAGUAGGUCGGCUCUUGCUUGCAUCGAAAAAUAAAAAGAAGAAAGGGAGAAAGAGAGAGAUAAAGUAGAAACCAGCAGCCGGUUUAUUCAAAAUAAUCAUUAUCAAAAAGUGGCGAAAAGGAUGGUGUUCAGCACGAUAGUCAUAACGACGGCUUUAAAAGGUGCUUUGGGCUUAGUAGGAACUGGUCUUUGGUUGGUGCCACUUCUUAUAGCUGCUCUGUCUUACUAUCAAUAUGAUCAGCUGGAUCCAGAAAGUCGACCUAUCGAUAGAUACCCUCUAAAUCCUGAAUACGAUUUUAUUGUAAUUGGUGGAGGAUCGGCAGGUGCUGUCGUAGCCAACAGACUCUCUGAAAUUUCAAAUUGGAACGUUUUAUUACUGGAAGCUGGACCGGACGAGAACGAAAUAACAGAUGUCCCCUCGUUAGCUGCCUAUCUACAGUUAACUAAGUUAGAUUGGAAGUACAAGAUCGAAGCUACGGGAAGAGCUUGCCUCGCGAUGAAAAGUGGCCGUUGUAAUUGGCCACGAGGGAAGGUUCUCGGAGGAUCGAGCGUUUUAAAUUACAUGCUUUACGUCAGAGGUAAUAGACGCGACUACGAUUAUUGGGAAGGCUUGGGUAAUCCUGGCUGGGGUUACAAAGAAGCGCUUUAUUAUUUCAAAAAGUCCGAAGACAAUAGGAAUCCUUAUCUUCGAAACAAUCCGUAUCAUUCAACGGGUGGUUACUUGACCGUUCAAGAAUCACCAUGGAUCACACCUCUCGCUGUGGCAUUCUUGCAAUCUGGUGUCGAACUAGGUUACGAUUUGAGAGAUAUAAACGGGGAAUUUCAAACCGGUUUUAUGAUACCACAAGGAACUAUUCGAAGAGGCAGCAGGUGUUCCACGGCAAAAGCUUUUCUUCGUCCUAUAAGGUUACGCAGGAACUUUCACACGGCUAUGAAUUCACACGUGACGAAAAUCGUUAUUAAUCCUUUCACUAUGAGAGCGAUCGGCGUGGAAUUCGUGAGAAAUGGUCAUAAGCAAUACGUUCGAGCUCGCAAGGAAGUAAUUCUAUCGGCAGGUGCUAUAAAUAGCCCUCAAAUUCUUAUGCUCUCCGGUAUUGGACCAAAGGAACAUCUUCGCCAAGUUGGUAUACCUCUUCUUAAAGAUCUCCGAGUCGGUGAAAACCUUCAAGAUCACGUAGGAAUGGGCGGUCUUACUUUCCUUGUCGAUAAACCGGUAGCCAUAGUUCAAAAACGUUUCUAUGGCGCACCAGUGACUAUGCAUUACGCAGCCAAUGGAAAAGGACCUAUGACGACUCUCGGUGGUAUCGAGGGAUACGCUUUUAUCAACACAAAAUUUGCCAAUAGGUCUAUCGAUUAUCCUGACAUUCAAAUCCACAUGGCGCCGGCGUCUCUUAACUCGGACGGUGGCGUACAAAUCAAAAAGGUAUUGGGAAUAAAAGACGAAGUUUACGACACUGUUUACGAUCCGAUUGCAAACAAGGAUGCCUUCACUUUCAUACCUCUUCUCCUCAGACCCAGAUCACGUGGUACGGUUAGACUAAGAAGCUCUAAUCCCUUUCACAGUCCAAUAAUUGACGCUAACUACUUUGACGAUCCGUUAGACAUAGCCACUCUCGUCGAAGGUGCGAAAAUAGCUGUUAAACUCGCCGAAGCGAAAGUUUUCAAACAGUUUGGUACUAGGUUACAUCGAUUGAAAAUACCUGGUUGUCGACAUCUUAAAUUCGCCUCGGAUGCCUACUGGGAGUGUCACAUUCGUCACAUUUCCAUGACUAUUUAUCAUCCGGUCGGUACAACGAAAAUGGGUCCUCAAAAUGACCCUACAGCAGUUGUGGAUUCUAGAUUAAGGGUUUAUGGUAUCCAAAAUAUUAGAGUCAUCGAUACCUCUAUAAUGCCGACGAUUUGUAGUGGCAAUACCAAUGCACCAGCUAUCAUGAUCGGUGAAAAAGGUGCAGACCUCAUCAAGAGCGAUUGGUUAUCUUAUCCAACCUUUAAAUCAGUCAUAGUCGUGAAAGCAUCGCAAGAACAUCUGGAGUGUAUGUUCUUUCAUAUAAUCGAUUCGAAACUUUUCGACAUAAUGUUACGAAUAAUCGUUAUAUUAUCAUUGCUAUUAUUUUCUUUGAUAUCCGAGAUAAGAAGUGCGACAUUGUUCGAUCUUUUAAGAGAAUAUAAUUACCAGGAUAAAGAAAUCAGGACGAUAUAUUACCCUAGAUGGGAGGAAUAUGAUUUUAUUAUAGUCGGAGCAGGCUCCGGAGGUUCGGUUCUCGCUAAUCGUUUAUCAGAAAAUAAAAAUUGGAAGAUCUUAUUAUUGGAAGCAGGUUAUCGGGAAAACUUGAUACAGCAGAUUCCUGUAUUAGUUAAUAUACUCCAACUAACGGACUAUAAUUGGGGUUACAAAGUGGAACCUCAAGAAAAUACCUGUUUUGGAAUGAUCGAUCGACAGUGUGCCUGGCCGCGUGGAAAAUCACUCGGUGGAACCAGCACAAUUAAUUAUAUGAUUCUUACACGUGGCGACAAGUUAGAUUACGAUUACUGGGCGGCCUUGGGCAACGAAGGCUGGUCUUACGAAGAGAUUUUACCAUAUUACAUAAAGAGCGAAAGAUUCAAAAUCCCUAAUAUCGUCAAUUCGUCAUAUCACGGAAAGGAUGGAUAUUUGUGCGUUGAACACGUUCCUUUUCAUACCAAGUUAUCCACGGCAUUUCUUGAGGCUGGCAAAAGUCUCGGUUACGAUGUUAUCGACCACAAUGGCGAAAAACGAAUAGGUUAUUCAUAUGUACAACUCAACAUGGACAACGGGGCACGUUACAGCGCUUCGAAAGCUUAUCUCAGAGUGAAACGACAUAACUUGGACAUCGUAACUGGCGCGAGAGUGACAAAAGUUCUUAUUGAUGGGGAUCGCCGAGCUUACGGCGUCGAAUAUAUCAAAAAUAACAAGAAAAAACUCGUAUUCAGUACGAAAGAAGUGCUUUUAUCCGCGGGUACGAUCGAUUCUGCCAAACUACUUAUGCUCUCGGGUAUAGGACCGAAGGAACACCUCCAAGAGCUGGAAAUCGAAGUGAUUCAAGAUUCCAAAGUCGGAUAUAACAUGUACGAACAUAUUGGUUUCCUCGGUCUAACCUUUCUAAUAGAUCAACCUUUGUCUGUAUUGCAAAGUAAAUUGUUCAAUCCGCACGUGUUAUGGGACUAUGUGUUUAAAAGAAGCGGUUACAUCUCUAUACCUGGUGGUGCCGAAGCUUUGGCAUUCAUAAGAACGAAAUAUGCUCCAUCUGAAAAGCCGGACAUCGAACUACUUUUCAUAUCAGGCUCGUUACACUCGGACAACGGUAUAAGCAUUAGAAAGGGUCUACGAAUUACGGACGAGCUUUAUAACGCGGUUUAUAAACCGAUCGAAAAUAGAGAAGCCUGGUCAAUCUGGCCGAUAAUUCAAAGUCCAAAAAGUGUCGGUCGGCUUACUCUGACAUCGAAAGAUCCCUUCGUACCACCGAAGUUAGAGCCUAAUUUCUUUUCUCAUCCUGCCGAUAUCGAAAUCCUACUUGAAGGUAUAAAACAUGCCAUCAACGUAUCUAAAACGGAACCUUUCCUUGCGUACAAUAGUCGAUUACACGACAUUAAAAUACCCGGCUGCGAACUUUACGAGUUUAAUAGCGACGAUUAUUGGCGAUGUGCGAUCAAAUAUUUACCAUCUAUGAUGAAUCACGAAAUAGGAACCGUCAAAAUGGGACCCAAAACGGAUCCCUAUGCUGUCGUUGAUCCUCGUUUAAGAGUUUAUGGUAUAAAAAAUCUCAGAGUAGUAGACGCAUCUAUUAUGCCUAGUAUACCGAUCGGCCACGUAAAUGUAGGUAUCUUCAUGAUCGGUGAAAAAGCUGCUGAUAUGAUCAAACAAGAUUGGUCGAUAGACGCAACAGGAAAUAAGUAGUUCAUUCGUUCGACUAACACACAUUGUAAACUCGAAACAAAUACUACGUCGAUGAUUACAUUGGUCAAGCGCGUUCAUAGUAUAAUUGUUUCUCGUUUAUGACCUACCGUGUCCUUGAGCUCACGCGAGGACGAUCGAAUACGUAACACACGAAUGCACGAUUAAUAAAUAAAUGCAGAAUUUUACUUGUUACAUACAUACAUAUACAUAUCGUGAGCAAUCUAAUAAAAUGUGAAAUAUCCGACGUCAUCGACAAUCCCCAACGCGAUAAUUCGCAUAAUGGAUUCGUCGAAUGUUUUAUUCGCAAUAACAAGAGACUCGAAGCAAAUAAGAAAAUGAUUUCUUCCUCACGUAUAUACUAACUCGUUAUAUAUACUAACAUAUACUAUAUUAUAUAUUAACUAUGCCAUAUACUAACAUAUAAUGCGAUGAAUAUUAUGAUACGUUCAGGGGAAAAAAAAAAGAAAAAAAAAUGCGAAAUAUAAUUUUAUUCUCAUAAACUUUUUUAAAAAUAAAUGUAAAAAUAUAAAAUUGUACUAGUGUUAAAGAAAAUGUCUCGUUAAUGGAGAGAAAGACGAUGAACACAUGUAUUUCAAUCUCAUUCAAUAAGAUGAUUCAUUCCCAUAAAUAUCCAACGUUGAAGUAAGAGACUUCUAGUGGCGAACUAAAUUCACGAAUGAAAUAUGUUUUAUUAAUAUGUUUUACAAUUUCAUUUAAUUAUAAAAUAAAAUAAUUAUGACUAAUUAUAACUAAAAUGUGUUGUAAUGUGUGUAUAUACAUACAUAUAUACAUACAUACAUACAUAUAUAUAUACAUAUACAUAUAUACAUAUAUAUUUACACACGUAUACA